ACAUCAGAACUUUAGGGUUUUAGCUACUUCUCUUCAGACGGAACAGAAGGAGAACAAGGAGCCGAAAUCUCCUUUUGCUAGGGUUAGAUUUAGUAAUUAGAUUCUUUCAAGGAUUGUGAGUGAAGCGAAAAUGGUGGCGGACAAGAGCAAGAAGGCGAAAACUGAGGAGAACCCCCAAGAAGAAAACGCGGAGCAAAUCGACGGAGAGCUUGUUCUUUCCAUUGAAAAGCUUCAGGAGAUCCAAGAUGAGCUCGAGAAGAUUAAUGAAAAGGCUAGUGAUGAGGUCUUGGAAGUGGAGCAGAAAUACAACGAGAUACGCAAACCCGUUUACGGCAAGCGUAACGAAAUUAUCAAUUCCAUCCCAGACUUCUGGCUAACUGCUUUCCUGAGUCACCCUGCUUUAGGUGAACUGUUAACAGAAGAGGACCAAAAGAUAUUCAAGUAUUUAAGCUUUCUGGAAGUAGAGGAUGCCAAAGAUGUCAAAUCUGGAUACUCUAUAACUUUUCACUUUAAUUCCAAUCCCUAUUUUGAGAACGGCAAGCUGACAAAGACAUUUACCUUCCUUGAAGAAGGAGCCACAAAAAUCACAGCCACACCAAUCAAUUGGAAGGAAGGCAAGGGCUUGCCAAACGGAGUUAAUCAUGAGAAAAAAGGGAAUAAACGGACCUUAGCUGAGGAGAGCUUCUUUACCUGGUUUACCGAUGCUUCACAAAAGGAAGAUUCCGAGUUUGAGAUUCAUGAUGAGGUUGCAGACAUCAUCAAGGAAGAUUUAUGGCCCAACCCUCUCACCUACUUCAAUAAUGAUGCUGAUGAAGAGGAUUUUGAAGGAGACGAGGAUGGUGAUGAAGAGGGAAAGGAAGAUGACUCCGAUGAUGAUGAUGACGACGACGAGGAAGAAGAAGAUGAGGAUGGUGAGGAAUGAAUUGAUGGGGGAAGGCUUAUAACAGACGUGUAAAGUUUGUGCUAUGAGGUUAAUUUAGUGAAGGGCACAUCUUUUUUUACCUUUCGGAAUAUUUUGAAGCACUGUACCGUAAUAGUUACAUCUUUGUUCUUAUGAACCAUUUGGCCAUGUCUGAAAAAUUCUUCCAUGGCUGCAGUAACUUUCCUUUUUUUGUGUUUUGAUCUGAAUUUUUUUUUCUCU